GUACUGCAGCUUUGCUAUUAAUGCAGUGUUGUUGUUUUUUUCUUUCCCGAACACAGAAAGAAUUGUCAACCUCUGAGCUGCAUUUUAAGAAUUUGUGCUGAGCUCUAGAUUUGCUUUUUUUUUUUUUCUUUCUGGAUAGUAUCUGCAUUAAACUAGUAAAGCUGAAGAAAUGAAGACGAAUUAGAAGUGGAUUUUACUUGUUAUUUUCAAUUAUAAGCAAGCCAGCUACUGGUAACUCUAUGACCUUGUAGGCAAGAGUGAGUAUAGCUGUAAUUAUCUCUGUCGCAGCAGUUGUGUCUCAUUUCAUUCUGCCUGGUGUGACGGUAUCACCCAAAACAAUGUUCUUUUUAUGCAAGUAAAUUUCUGUGAGACAGCAAUAUGACUAUUUUGGUAGGGGAAAAAUAUUUUUGAAUUAGCUUGUACUGGACUCAGUUUUAGUUAUUGACAUGUUGAUGUGAAAUUUCUUUUAAGUAUUGCAGUAACCCAACGGAAAGUAACAGAAUUUAGUUGUUUUUAGGAAGUUGUGAGUUAUGUAUUCAUAACUUUAAACUUCAGUUUUUCCGGAGGUACUUAUUAACUUUAAAAAACCAGCUACGCUAUUCAAAGAAUGAUUCUAAGUGUUGUACAGAAGAGGAGGAAAAACUACUUGUGUUCUUCCAACUGUGACUUUUAUCACAUAGCUUGGAAUUUAGUAUUUUAAAAGAGCGAAUGAGUCGAGUGUGUAUUGUUGUUUUGGAGGAGGUAGAAGAUGAGUCUCCUGCAUUCAUUUCUAAAUCACCACAGGAAAAUAAAUGCCUACAUUCUCCACCUCCUGGAAAUGUAUUGCCAUCACUGGUGCAAGCUAUAUUUAAUGGAGAUCCUGAUGAAGUUCGAGCACUAAUAUUUAAGAAAGAAGAUGUUAACUUUCAGACCCAAAUUGGUGGUUGGGGGAAGGGCAUGGGUGCAAGGGACAGUGAAAAGAGAACUCCACUACAUGCUGCUGCCUAUCUUGGAGAUGCAGAAAUUAUUGAACUGCUUAUUUUAUCUGGAGCUAGAGUUAAUGCCAAAGACAGCAAAUGGUUGACACCUUUACACAGAGCAGUUGCAUCUUGUAGUGAGGAAGCAGUUCAGGUACUUUUGAAGCAUUCUGCAGAUGUUAAUGCUCGAGACAAAAAUUGGCAAACGCCAUUACACAUAGCUGCUGCUAAUAAAGCCGUAAAGUGCGCUGAAGCUUUGGUACCUCUUCUGAGUAAUGUAAACGUAUCUGAUCGAGCAGGGAGAACUGCGUUACAUCAUGCAGCUUUCAGUGGACAUGGUGAGAUGGUCAAACUACUCUUGUCUAGAGGUGCCAAUAUUAAUGCUUUUGACAAGAAAGACAGACGUGCUAUCCAUUGGGCAGCUUAUAUGGGUCACAUUGAAGUAGUGAAAUUACUUGUGGCACAUGGAGCUGAAGUAACAUGCAAGGAUAAGAAGUCUUAUACACCUCUUCAUGCUGCAGCCUCUAGUGGAAUGAUCAGCGUAGUCAAGUACCUUCUAGAUCUUGGAGUUGAUAUGAAUGAACCAAAUGCCUAUGGAAAUACACCUCUUCAUGUAGCCUGCUAUAAUGGACAAGAUGUUGUAGUGAAUGAACUUAUAGACUGUGGUGCUAAUGUAAAUCAAAAGAAUGAAAAAGGAUUUACUCCUUUGCACUUUGCUGCUGCAUCAACACAUGGAGCAUUGUGUUUAGAGCUUCUAGUAGGCAAUGGGGCCGAUGUCAAUAUGAAGAGCAAAGAUGGGAAAACUCCACUGCAUAUGACUGCCCUCCACGGUAGAUUCUCCAGAUCACAAACCAUUAUCCAGAGUGGAGCUGUAAUCGACUGUGAGGAUAAGAAUGGAAACACCCCUUUGCACAUAGCAGCAAGGUAUGGCCAUGAGCUGCUAAUCAACACUCUUAUUACAAGUGGUGCUGACACUGCAAAGCGUGGCAUACAUGGAAUGUUCCCCCUCCAUCUGGCAGCCUUAAGUGGGUUUUCGGAUUGCUGCAGGAAACUUCUUUCUUCUGGAUUUGAUGUAGAUACCCCAGAUGAUUUUGGCAGGACCUGUCUACAUGCAGCUGCAGCUGGAGGGAAUUUGGAGUGCCUAAACCUUCUGCUGAAUACUGGUGCAGACUUCAACAAAAAGGACAAAUUUGGGAGAUCCCCACUGCACUAUGCUGCUGCCAACUGCAAUUACCAGUGCCUGUUUGCUCUUGUGGGAUCAGGAGCAAGUGUGAAUGACCUUGAUGAAAGAGGAUGCACACCCCUGCACUAUGCAGCUACAUCAGACACAGAUGGCAAGUGCCUGGAAUACUUACUAAGAAAUGAUGCAAAUCCAGGGAUCCGGGACAAGCAAGGAUACAAUGCAGUACAUUAUUCAGCUGCUUAUGGCCACCGUCUAUGUCUUCAGCUGAUUGCAAGUGAAACUCCUUUAGAUGUUUUAAUGGAAACCUCGGGAACAGACAUGCUGAGUGAUUCAGACAAUAGAGCAACAAUAAGCCCUUUACACUUGGCUGCCUAUCAUGGUCACCAUCAAGCACUGGAAGUGUUGGUACAGUCUUUGUUAGAUCUUGAUGUGAGAAAUAAUAGUGGAAGAACACCCUUAGAUCUUGCAGCAUUUAAGGGCCAUGUUGAGUGUGUGGAUGUACUCAUUAAUCAGGGAGCCUCAAUCUUAGUAAAAGAUUAUAUUUUGAAGAGAACACCUAUACAUGCGGCAGCAACAAAUGGUCAUUCAGAAUGCUUACGACUACUAAUAGGAAAUGCAGAACCACAGAAUGCUGUAGAUAUUCAAGAUGGAAAUGGACAGACUCCUCUGAUGCUGUCUGUUCUCAACGGGCACACAGACUGUGUUUAUUCACUGCUAAACAAAGGAGCAAAUGUAGAUGCCAAAGAUAGAUGGGGAAGGACAGCAUUGCAUAGAGGGGCAGUUACAGGCCAUGAAGAAUGUGUAGAUGCAUUACUUCAACAUGGUGCUAAGUGCUUAUUUCGGGAUAGCAGGGGCCGGACACCUAUACACUUGUCAGCUGCCUGUGGACACAUUGGUGUUCUUGGAGCCCUUUUGCAGUCAGCAGCAUCUGUGGAUGCAAAUCCAGCCAUAACAGACAAUCAUGGAUAUACAGCACUUCACUGGGCUUGCUAUAACGGUCAUGAGACAUGUGUAGAACUUCUUUUAGAACAAGAAGUUUUCCAGAAAAUGGAUGGAAAUGCUUUCAGUCCAUUGCACUGUGCUGUGAUAAAUGACAAUGAAGGUGCUGCUGAGAUGUUAAUUGAUACAUUAGGUGCCAGCAUCGUGAACACCACAGAUUCAAAAGGAAGAACUCCUCUCCAUGCAGCCGCCUUUACAGACCACGUGGAGUGUUUGCAGCUGCUGCUCAGCCAUAAUGCUCAAGUCAAUUCUGUGGAUGCUUCUGGGAAAACACCUCUCAUGAUGGCUGCAGAAAAUGGACAAACAAACACAGUUGAGAUGCUGGUUAGCAGUGCUAGUGCAGAUCUGACUUUACAAGAUAACAGUAAAAACACCGCCCUCCAUUUGGCUUGCAGCAAGGGUCAUGAAACUAGUGCCUUGUUAAUACUGGAAAAGAUAACAGAUAGAAACCUCAUCAAUGCAACCAAUGCAGCCUUGCAAACACCUCUGCAUGUUGCUGCCCGAAAUGGGCUAACAAUGGUGGUUCAGGAGCUUUUGGGGAAAGGAGCAAGUGUGCUUGCAGUAGAUGAGAAUGGCUAUACCCCAGCUUUGGCCUGUGCUCCCAAUAAGGAUGUAGCUGAUUGCCUAGCUCUCAUUUUGGCCACCAUGAUGCCUGUCUCAUCAAGUAGCCCUUUAUCAUCCCUGACAUUCAAUGCCAUUAAUCGUUACACCAACACCUCAAAAACAGUCAGCUUCGAAGCCUUGCCCAUCAUGAGGAAUGAACCUAGUUCCUAUUGCAGUUUCAACAACAUUGGCGGGGAACAGGAGUACUUAUACACCGACGUGGACGAGCUCAAUGACUCCGAUUCUGAGACCUACUAAGAGCCUGAGCCAGAGGUCCAAGGAGAGAGUUCUGACACUAACGCUUCAAACUGUGCUUUUUCAGGAAAAAGGCACUUUGUUAUUCUCGUACAAAUUCAACCUAAGAGGAAAGAUCACAGAGUGAGCGAAUAUAAGAAAUGUGAUGACAUUAGGAAGAAGAAUUUUAAAGGCAAGUUUUGGAAAAGGAACUUCUAGAAUCUUGAAAUAGACUUGGCCAGAGGAAAACAUUUUGCUGUCAGAUUGCUUUGUGGAAUUGUUUUAUUUGGUUUUGCAGUGCCAGGAAUGAUUUGGGACACUGUGCACCCUAAUCUGCUUACAUAAGCAACACUAUUGUAAAAGAAGAGAUAAAGACACUAGAUUUUAAUGUUAUCAAUAAAACUACAGCUAAAUUUAAGGGCAAUAAAAGUUUGGUACAAUAAGUAGGCAUUAUGUGCACAGCAAAUUGCCAAAGGACCAAAUAACUUAAAGGUUUUUUAAUAGAAUACCAUUUUGUGGAAACUGGACUAGGUGAAAUGAGACGUUAUCUAAACCAAACUUUAAUAUUUCUGAAAAUGAAGUCAAGAUUUGGUUUUAAAUGUUGAUUUUUUUUUUUAAACAAAACAUCUGAAAGCCUUCGAAUACUGUAUUAAACCAUGAGAGAAAGCAGAUGUAUUUUUACAUUUUUUCUUUUACAUAAAAAUUUUAAAAUUCCAAGUUUUGUAAUAUUAGAAUUAAAAACCAGCCGACUGAGUGCAGUCAGGGUGGAAUAUUUGUGACGUAGACAUGAGAUAGGUUGGGAUCGGGCUAUUGUUGCCCGGUUUUGAAGGGUUUAGGUUUUAAAUUGAACUAUUUUUGUUUGAAAAUGUAAAGAAUUUCCUAGAAGAAAUUUUCAGAAAAUCAAAAAGUAGAUUAUUUUCACCCUUUUGCAGCUGAGAGGUCCUGGGAGGUUUUCAGCCUCUACUUUGGAUGGUGCACCUUCGUCACUUACGUUACUUCUGUGCCUGCACAGCGAGUUGCAAGUUGGGGAGUUUUCGUUGUCAUUGUUUAGUGAAGAAUCAAAUCCCUUGUUAUUAAUAAAUUAACAUCAUCAGGUCUCUUGGAAGGUGUUUGAAUAUUUGGCAAACUUUAAAAUACUAAAACCUCUAGGUCCUAUUCAGAUUUAUUGUAGCAUGUUUGUAACAUGCUACUUUUGGGGUUGGGGGACAAUUGCCUGCCAGAUUGGAAGACUGCCUUUCAAAUAACAGGGAGAGGGAAAUGGCUGAGGGUUAGACUUUUAAGUAACAAUUUACAUGGUUCUGCUUUUACUGUAACUGUCACUUUCCCAGUGAGAAUGAUUUCACAUAUGUAGAGGGUCAGGUCUAAGUAUAAAGUUCCAUAAAUUUUCACAAAAUGAUACCCAAUUUCAUUUUAUCCUUUUUGUAUUGUAAAACUGGAAACCUAUGACAUUGUAAAUUAUCAGCUGGUUUUUCUGAAUAUAAAGUGUGAAAACACAGAACAGUAUUUUGAUCUAUUUGAUAAUUUUGUGGGUUUUUUGAAGAAUUAAUGAGCAUGUACAUAGAAAUAGUGACUGCUUGAAUACUGUAUUUACUUGCACUCUUUCAGUACAUCAAGAUUCCUGUAUAUUUUAGAGUAUAAUAAAACACAGAUGUGAGUUGUAUUUAAUGAAUAAUGUAUUUGUAUCUGUGCAUAUUACCUAAAAAUCUAUAAAGUUUCUAGGGCAUUGACUACUAGAUUUUAAGCAUUUUUUCUAAAAUAUUUACAGAAAUUAUAAAUGUAAUCCUCCAUGUUUUCUUUAUAAUAUAAAGAAGUCCUAAUGGACCCUUCCUAAGUAUUAGUGAUAGGAAGGUGAAUAUGCAUUUUAAAGACAGCAGACUACAUUUUCUAUUGUACCUUUUGAAAAAAAAGAAAAAACUCAAGAGGAUUCUAAAAGUAUACAUAUAUGUGCUUUCUCUUUCCUUUUAGGAAUUCUCUUCUGAAUUCCCUGAGGGAAUUUUCUAGAAUCUCAGAAUUGAAAGAGACCUGAGGUUCAUCCAGGCUAACCUCUUAACAAAUGCAGGAGUCCCUUCUACAAGGGUGAUCUUUCCACCUUGAACACUUCCGGUGGCUCUACCUCACCAAGCAGUCCGUUCAGUUGUCGAGCAGCUCUAACUGUUAGAAAGGUCUUCCUUAGAUGGAGCUGAAGCCUCCCUCCUGGUAACUUCUGUCCUUGGGCCUGGGUCUGUCCUCCAAGAGAACACUGAGAACAUUGAAAAGAUGACUCUUGUGCCCUCUGCCAUGUCUUCUCUUUUACAGGCUGUUGACUUAUCUGCGCUGAUUUCUAGAAGGACUCAUUAGACACACUGUUCGAUUUACCACAUCUAAUGAAAUCCGAGGUGUAGCUAUAAAGUAACAAGCUGUUUUUAAUUUAUCCUCACAUAUAUCAGAACUUAGAUCUUGCAUCACUUUAUGUAAAUGAUGCUGUUGCUGAAAAUAUUCGUGAGGUGGUCCUUGGGAUUGCUUGCCCGCUAGGAAAACUGUUUCAUUGCUUUGUGAUCGCAUUUUGUGAUAGUCUGUCCCCCAGCUUGAUCCACCACUUCCUUUGUUCUGCAGGGAAAACCCAAAGUACUGUCCCAAAUAGUAUUUGAACAGCACUAGUAUUGUUGGAGUAAGUACAUGGACUUUUUAAUGAAUGAACACAGCACCACAGUAAGUUCCCUUAUGGUUACACCUUGUAUGUCAAAAGCAUUCGGGCCCUGCUCUGUAGUGGUUUUUAUCCUCGCACAGAACAGAAGAGCACGUCUGCUUUUUUAACUUCUGCAUGAAAGGUGACAUCUGAUAUCCGAUGUGUAUUUUAAUAAUACCAGCUUCUGCUCUAGAACUGCUUUGGGGGAAAUGGUGGUAAUAGCAAAUGACCUCCUUUAACAAGACACUCAACUCAAACAGUGCCAUUUAGUUCAGGAGAUCUCUACGUGUAGCCGUAAAUUGGGGGUUUAAUUUGGCUUAUAUUGGACCUUUUAAAUGAAAUAAAGUUUUUUAAUGCAAUAAA